ACCUGCUUUGAUCUGUUUUGGAAUGCGCAGAUAUAUUUUAAGUAAGUUAGACCGACAAUGGAAUUAAAUAUAUACGACGAUUGCUGGGAGCUGGUGCAACGAUUCCAGCGAUUGGUAAAAGAUGGCGAAAACUGCGAGUUCGAGGUGUUUUGCAAUUGCUGGCGGGAAAUGCAACUGCAGCAUCUCUUCACUGCCCAGACAAACCACAUCGAGGUUAUAGCCACCACACUGGCAGCCCUACAUGUGGCCAAGCGGUUGUCUUGCUCCCGUCGCACCACUGGAGACCUUUUCGCAGCAUCCCGUUCCCAAAGAAUUGGAGGAUUCUAUCUACUUUAUGUGAUUUACUAUAAACAGCCUACCCGUAACUUCGUUAAGAUCGAAGUCUCACCGCGCACAUGGCAGGAACUCACCGACUAUGCACUGCAGUUGCGCAAGGAAAGUCCAGAAAAGAAGGAUACCCAGCAAGUGGCCUACAUGUUGUGGCGUCUCGUCCAAGAGCAGGCUUUUCGCUACACAGCGCUAGACUAUUGCCAAGGAUUGGACAACUUGGUGGACUACGACCGUCUAGAGGUAAUUGCAGGUGCCAACAGACAAAGGCAGAGUGCCUUGAUGCAAAAGCAACAGCGUUCCAAUAACGUUAGUCUAACCUACGAACUGGAAGGUCUGCGAGAACUAGACCAGGCCGGUCAGCCUCUGUGUGAUCUGGAGUCCGCUUAUAAUGCACAAAAGGAAAAACUUGCUGGUCAGGAGCUGGCUCUGCCGCCCACACAAAUUUUUAGUCAACUCCGUACAGUCUUUGCCGAAAUACAAAGUUUACUUGGAGCUACUGCAGAUGAACGACCAACCACUUCCGCAAGCAAUCAGUUAGAGGUGCGUCAAAGGGUACGAAAUAAGGCUAUGUACGGCGUUGAGACAAGGGAGCCUCAGCACCAGCCGGAAGAACUGGAAGUGGAGCUGGAGGUCAAUGAGGCGUAUCAAAGGAGGAUGUCGUCAGCCACAGUAUUCAAACAGAAGUUACCAGAUGAUGUACAAAGAGAGUAUGACAAUGCCUAUGAUUGCAGUGACGACGAGGAAGAUGAGGCGGAGGAAAACGAAGUCACAAAGGAGGAGGUUCAAGGACAUAUGUUGGAACUUAGUUAACUCCCAUAACUUAAAUCAAUUUUGAUUUAUUAAAUUGAAAUAUUGUUUGAAUAAAAAUAACGAAAUUA